AACAUCUCUCGUCCCAUUUCCUCCCAAUCCAUGCGCGCUCGCGAGAACGCAGCAUACCCAGGCGACUCACGUCCUUCGUUAAGGUCUUGCACGCCUAAUGGUUACCCGAACAAAUCGGGUAGACCUGUAUCGUUCAUUGCACCUGUACAUGGUGAGGCACGCUGGUACCGUCCAACACUCAAGAACAGAAUCAUGCUCUUUAUCAGUCAAUGCAUAUCUUUCAUCGUUUCUUCUGCGUUUCUUAUGACUGUCGUUACUUGGGCGAUGCUUGCCGACCUCACCGCUCACCUUCCCCGGUUCUUGCGGAGAGUCUCCCCGGUAGAGCCGGCGACGUUUCCUUGGGACGAUCCGAAGUAUCUCAAGGAAAAGUGCACAAAGGAUGUUCACUAUUAUGCACAAAACGCCGGUGAAGGGUAUGAUAUUAUUGACGAGGAAGUCGAGACUGAGGAUGGCUUUCAUUUGAGGGUACAUCGAGUGGUGAAUCCGAGGCAUAAGCCUCAACCAAAUGGCAGGGGCGGAUAUCCUGUUUUGAUCUUACACGGGCUAUUCCAGUCUUCCGGUGCAUUCAUUACAUCAGAAGAACGGUCACUCGCUUUCUGGUUAUCAGAGCAUGGUGGGUAUCAGGUAUUUCUGGGAAACACCCGUGGUGUAUUCAAUAUGGGGCACAAGAACAUAAGUAGAGGCGAUCCUCGGUUUUGGGACUGGACUAUUCGAGAACUAGCGAUGUACGACCUUCCUGCGCUAGUGGAAUACGUCUGUGAUGCAACGGGUUACGACAAGAUUGCCUUCAUCGGUCACUCUCAGGGCAACGGCACCGCGCUCCUCGCACUCAGCGAAGGCAUGCGUCCCGAACUAGGAGCAAAACUCUCAGUCGUCAUCGCACUCGCGCCUGUUGUAUAUGCUGGCCCACUUACGCAUGGCUUCCCGUUCAAUAUUCUUAGUCGGAUUGAGUGGAAACGGUGGCGUAUGUUUUUCGGUAUACUGGACUUCAUACCCUUAAUGCGCUACUCCUACGACUGGGUACCCGCUAAGGUAUUUGCCUUGUUUGGGUAUGCGAUGUUCGCGUAUUUGUUCUCAUGGACGGAUGCGAAUUGGUUAAAGCGCAGAAAAGUGAAGAUAUUUAGGUUUACGCCUACUCCUGUUAGCUCUGCUAGUAUAUUCUGGUGGUGCGGCAAAGGCGGCUUCGCCCAACUGAAAUGCACAAUGGAUGACUCCCUACCUCGAUGGUUCGACGAGAACUUCCCGCCUCUCGCGAUUUACUAUGGUGGACGAGAUUUUUUGGUUGCGACUGAGCCUUUAUUGGAGAGGAUACGUGAGAAGGAGAGGCAUGUGAGGUUGGUUAGAGUUGAGAGAUUGGAGAUGAGUGAGCAUUGUGAUUUCUACCUCGCAGCCGACGCAGUCGAAUGGUGUUUCUCCUCUUUCAUAGAAGACAUAGAGAAGACACGAACGGACGACGUAGAGAGGGGCAAUAUCAACACUGAUUUCAAUUUGAUAGAUACUGAUAACACCGAUACCACGAAUGCUGCGAGUACAAGCAACUACCGUACUUCUAUAUGAUUGGUGAUACCUUGUCGUAGACUUUCUAUUUUGUAUACCUUUUAUAAGUUUAUCUGUCCAAAUUUUUUUGUUGUUGGAUAUGUUCUACUUGACUGCUUUUCUUUGGUCUUCACCUCCCUGUCUCUGCUUCCUUUCCCUCUAGUUAUUGACUCUUCUGAUCCGUGACUUUAUGACUGAAAUUUCUGAUACCAGUUUCUGUCUAUACUUUAGCGUAUUAUACCGUAGUAUAUCAUAGUCAUGACGAUUCACGACUAUAUAUCCAUCCACCUAUCCAUCCAUCCCAUACGUACCUCCUAUGCAAUGUUGAUGUAGACGUGCAAUACAUUGUAGUAUACACGACUUGUAUUCCAUGUACUGACCUUACAAC